AUGGCCAUCAGCAAAGGGCCAGGGGCGAGGAGAUUGAUUCCGCUGAGGGAUGAGAAGCAAGCUAACCUUGUCAUGAGUAAGUCUACCCGCCCACUCCCAACCACAUAUCCUGACCUGCCACCAGUGACUCGCACCAACAAGGGAAACGACCGCAACCACAGUGCUUUGGCUGAUGGUACCGCCCUUCCUGAAGACCGCCUCCCUCGCUACUUUGCCAAACAUGGUCACGUAGACGCUGAUCCAAAGAGUGUCAAGAAGCAAGGAGGCGGCAAGGGCAAUUGGGGUCGUGAUGGAGAAGAAGCUCAAGACUACGGCUAUGCCUUUAACAAUCAACGUCGUCGCUCCAACUCUUCCACUCAACUUCUGGGUGAUUUCAAGACCAAGUUUGAAGCCAUGGAUGCCGACCCCGUCUUUGAGGAAGAACUACAUGGUCCCACCGAUGAUGACAUGGAACAGGCCUCGAACCUCUCCAAGGAGGAAUCCACUGACAGCAGCACAUUGGGAGGCAGUGUUGUUGAUGAUGAUGAUAAGAAAUUGUAA